AUCUCGUAUAACAUAAGCAUUAAUGCUCUUCAGAACAGCAACAUAUCUUUGCAAACCAAAUAAAUUACAUCUCAUUUGUCGACGUACACUUUGUGGAAUGGAUGUUCUCCAAAGAAGACAAGACGAAGCUGAACAAACAGUCGCCAUCUUAAAGCAACAGCUUGUCAUCCUGUCAAAAUUAGCAGAGCAAAAACAGAAAGAAAAAGAACAACUUGAGAUCAACAAAUUGACAAAAGAAAAUGAGUGUUUGGAAAGUUCUUUAAAAAAACUUAAACAAGAACUAAAAUAUUAUGAAGCACAAAAUGGAGUUAAGAGUAUUCCUAUUCCACAAAGGACAGAGGUUAAAACCUCUGUAGCUACUUCUGAAGUUAAAGAAGAAAAGAAAGUGACAGAAGAAGAAAAGCCAGAAAAAAAGAAAGAGAAGAAACCAAAGAAAGAAAAAACACCAGCUAAAAAUUCGAACGCAUCAGGUCAUGCAGGAAAGCCUGUUGAUGUAUCUCGUCUGCAUUUUAAAGUUGGAAAGAUAGUGGAUGUCCGUAAGCAUCCUGAUGCAGAUACGCUGUAUGAAGAACAAGUUGACUUAGGUGAAGGACAGAAUCGAACUGUUGUUAGCGGAUUAGUGAAACAUUAUACAUUAGACGAAAUGAGGGAUCGAUUGGCAGUAUUCAUGUGUAACUUAAAACCACAAAAAAUGCGUGGUAUACUAUCUCAAGGAAUGAUCAUGUGCGCCUCCACACCUGAAAAAGUCGAAAUACUAAAUGUUCCAGAAUCAGCCGUGCCUGGAGAUCGUGUUUAUUGUGAAGGAUUCACUGGUGAAGCUGACACUCAGUUGAAUCCGAAAAAGAAGAUUUGGGAAACCGUACAACCCGAUCUUUGUGUUGAUGCUGAUGGCUAUCCAGGCUACAAAGGCAAGGUGUUCACUAUUGAGGGUAAAGGAAAAUGUAAAGCACCUACAAUGAAGAGCUGUCCAAUCAAAUAGAUGUAAUAUUUACUGUCCUGCAAAGAUAGGCGCGUUGUUCAAAUUCA